AUGUCCAGCAUAGUCCCCGAUACCCUAAAGAAAGCUGGAAACGUCAGAAUGGGCCAAGGAAACAAGAAGAAUGUUCAGCUUGCUGGGAACAUGGUCGAGGUCAACCCAAAGGCUCCCAUGACCACCGACUUUGGAACCAAGAUCGAGAACACAGAUGAUUGGCUGAGGGUCUCCAACAAUGACAAGACCGGUCCCAUGCUUCUGGAGGAUGCCAUUGCAAGAGAAAAGAUCCACCGCUUCGACCACGAGAGAAUCCCGGAGCGAGUCGUUCACGCCAGAGGAGCAGGCGCCUUUGGAACUUUCAAGUUAUUCGAGAGCGCCGCCGACGUGUCAAAUGCUGGCGUCCUGACCGACACAUCACGCGAGACUCCCGUCUUCCUCCGCUUCUCCACUGUCCUCGGUAGCAGAGGCAGUGCCGACACCGUACGCGAUGUCCGCGGCUUUGCUGUAAAGUUCUACACCGAGGAGGGUAACUGGGAUAUGGUUGGAAACAACAUUCCCGUCUUCUUCAUCCAGGACGCCAUGAAAUUUCCCGAUGUCAUUCACGCAGGCAAACCCGAGCCUCAGCUCGAGUUCCCCCAGGCUCAAUCUGCCCACGAUAACUUUUGGGAUUUUCAGUACCUCCACACCGAGGCCACCCACAUGUUCUGCUGGGCCAUGUCGGACCGCACCAUUCCCCGCUCCUACAGAAUGAUGCAGGGCUUCGGUGUCAAUACGUAUACUCUCACCAACGACACGGGCGAACGCCACUUUGUCAAGUUCCACUUCACCCCCGAGCUUGGCGUCCACUCCCUCGUAUGGGAUGAGGCGCUGAAGCUCGCCGGCCAAGACCCCGAUUUCCACCGCAAGGAUCUUGCUGAGGCCAUUGAGAACGGUGCCUUUCCCAAGUGGAAGUUUGGUAUUCAGGUUCUCCCAGAGUCAAAGGAACACGACUUUGACUUUGACAUUCUCGACGCCACAAAGGUUUGGCCCGAGGAACAGAUUCCCGUCCGCUAUAUUGGCGAGUUGGAACUCAACAGGAAUCCCGACGAGUACUUUACCCAGACCGAACAGGUUGCCUUCUGCACCAGCCAUGUCGUUCCUGGCAUCGGCUUCUCCGACGACCCUCUCCUCCAGGGCCGCAACUUUUCUUACUUUGAUACCCAAAUCACCCGUCUAGGUAUUAACUGGCAGGAACUGCCCAUCAACAAGCCGGUAUGCCCCGUCAUGAACUUCAACCGUGACGGCGCGCACCGCCAAACCAUCACAAAGGGCAACGUCAACUACUGGCCCAAUCGCCAUGAGGCCGUUCCUCCAGCAAACCACUCCAAGGUGUCCGGUGCCUAUGUCGACUUCGCGCAAAAGGUGGAGGGCAUGAAGCAACGUACUAAGAGCGCAAAGUUCAAGGACCACUUCAGUCAAGCUCAGCUCUUCUUCAACAGUCUGUCGCCAAUCGAAAAGACGCACGCCAUCAAUGCGUUCGCCUUUGAGUUGGACCACUGCGAGGACCGCAUUGUGUACGAUCGUAUAGCCCAGCGUCUCGCUGACAUCGAUCUUGGUUUGGCUCAGGCUGUUGCCGAGAUGGUUGGUGCGACGUCACCCGAGAAGGCAAGCACGCCCAACCACGGUAAGAAGGCCAAGGGUCUAAGCCAGCUGGAGUUUGAGCCUGAGACGCCCACCAUCAAGUCGCGUCGUAUUGCCAUCAUCAUCGCCGACGGCUUCGAUCCCGUCGCCGUCAGUGCUAUCAAGGGUGCUGCCGCCGCAGCUCAGGCUACCCCGAUGAUCAUUGGCACUCGUCGCUCCGAGAUCUUCCCUGCCGGCGCAUCAAAAAUGGCUGGCAACGGAAUUGUGCCCCAACACCACCUCGAGGGCUUCAGAUCUACCAUGGUCGAUGCCAUUUUCGUGCCCGGUGGUGCGGAUUCUAUCAAGACUCUUUCCAAGAACGGCAGGGCUGUCCACUGGGUCCGCGAGGCCUUUGGUCAUCUGAAAGCCAUCGCUGCCACUGGCGAGGCCGUUGACUUUAUCCAGAACGCCAUCUCUCUUCCCGAGGUCUCGCUGUCUGGCGAUGGCGACGUUGUGGAGAGCUACGGUGUUGUUACGAUGAAGUCGGUCCGUCCUGAGAGCUUGAAGGAGGCUUUUGAAAUCGUCAAGAACAGUAAGGGUUUCUUGGACCAUUUCUUCUACAUCAUUUCUCGACAUCGCGUGUGGGCGCGUGAGCUUGAUGGACUGAGCACACAGCUGGCGUACUGA